AUGCCUCUUCCGGUCAACUUUCGUCUUCUUCGUCGGCCGGAGCGGCAGUACCCCCGAAAAGCCCGCAACGUCCAGCCCAGAAAGCGUCUGGUAAACGCUCCACUACCGAAGAACCAUCGGCCACCAAUACAUCUAGCACGAGUAACACUACCACAGCAGCAUCAACAACCGGAGGAACACUCGUUACCCGGGUCAAGCGGCAGCAGUUCUUACAAUUGUAGCUGCGGCAAGACGGCGAACCGAUCGGACAAAUCCAAACACGCUUCGCACACCCAUGCCUCCCAUCACCAUAGUCAUCAUCAUCAGCAGCACAGUCACCAGGCCCAUUCGACGAUCAGCAGCAGCAUACGCAAAGAGUUGGCUUCAUACGAAAAUCCUUAUCAGGCUGGGGUGCGCAAAAAGCCAACGAAACGCAAUGCCAGCACGGAAAGUCUUGAUCUGUUUGAUAAAUGCCCGCCGGAGGAGUGUAGCUGUGGGCUUUACUCACCCAGUUCGAUCAACGGUGGCAAAAGUUGCCGAAAGUGUCGAUCCGCUUGUGAUAGCCCUGGUUCACCCGGGAAGACGGGUACGACGAUAACCAGCGCUAGUGGAACGCAGCAGCACAAAAAGCACAAUUCUUCCAAAUUUAAAGAUGCUUCAACGAGCCCCAAAUCGAGCAGCCCGAUGAAAACGAUUGCACACGAAUGUCGAAGUCCAAAAAUGGAAGCCUCCACCGAUACUAAGUUCGAUUUCAAUUUUUCACCCAAAACGGAAAAUCACUACCGGCGACUGUCGUCGCUGAGCAUUAAUUCAUCCGGCAAGCAUGUGGGAGCGAGUCCUAUGAAGCAUGCGGCAGCGGUCGGGACUUCCUCAGCAACGGCCAGCCCUAAGCUGAGUCCUCAGAAAUUGACUCCGAUGCGGACGGCCGAUCAGCAGCAACAGCAGCAGCGAACGUUGGAAAAAUCGAAUUCACUCGGCGAAAACAAACCACCCCGUUUGCUGCGUAAUACGCGCAGUUUGUCUCCAAGGCCACCGGUGCGCCAUCAGCAUUCGAUUAUGGUUUCGGAUGAGAAUGAUAUCAUCUCGGUGAAACUGUCCCCAAACGAGGAGUAUGAUGAUGAGGCUGCCAAAAGGACGCCGGCCAAGUUGGAUGUGGUCGAGGCUAAGGUGCACGAUGACCGGUCGGAUGUGUCCUCCGUGAAGACCGGUGGCGAGAAAGCAAAAAAGUUGGGCGAUUGUUUAAAAAGCGCUAACGGCAACCGAAGCACCAGCUGUUUGGUUUACGUUCCUUCCGAUCCUUGGACACGAAUGUCGGCAAGCAACUCACCGCUCCCAUCAGCCAAGCAACAGAAAUCGAAAACGUUGGACAAUAGUAGCAAAGCGUACGGGAAACCUUCCUUGGAUUACAUGAAACACUCUGAUCCUUGGGUUUGGCGAUCGAACGUGAACUUGCCGGAACGUUUAGCAAAAGGAACGGGAAAGAAGCGAAAUUCCGCGUUACCGCAUCAAACGAAAUCGCUCACCAGCACGAUCAGUCGGGAUGAUUCGGAUGUGGUUGGUAAGCAUCAGGCAAAGCUCUGCCAGCAGCAAUCACUCGGACGGUUCGAAAAAACGCUCACCAUACCGGGCGCAAUGGAUGGAAGUUUUGAUGCGCGUAAAAAAAUCACCCGACCGAAGCUGCAGCGUUCGAAAUCGCCUUCGUUUUAUGAAGAUUUCUUUCAACAACCACCGGGCGGUGGUGGUAACGGUGGUUCAGACUCACAAAACAAAUCACCCCAAACCGCUGGAUCACUGUUGAUGGCGAAAAAUAAAUCCGUUUCCUCGUUGAAGAUGGAAAAGAAUGCUUCCAAUUCGAAUUUGAACGGACAUAGUGGUAACAGUAGUGGUGGUUUGGUCAGUAACAGCAGCAACACAAGCAACAGUGGCAGCUUUAGCAGCUACAAUGGGAAUGGUUCGCCCACUGGAAGGAAGCAGCAACAACCGUCUCCGAAGUUAAGCAUUCUCCCAGCGCCGCAGUACGGUUCAUCGCCAGCGAAGCAACCUUCAAACCUGCCGGAUUCAACCAAAGGCUCACUAAAUCUACUCAAUCCGAACUUGUUGCAACCGCGCCACAGCUUCUCAACGCCUUCGCAGAAGGACGAUGAAUUGCAGCUCAACAUACGACGGUUGAGCGAACAGAUGAACGCAAAGUACAGCCAUUCGGCGGCAUUCCCAUCACCUCCGGCAUUCCUAAACGAUACGAUUCUUCAGCAGCAGCAGCAUCAGGUCACAGCGAGCGGUAAAAAGGCGGUUGGCGGUAGUGGUAGCAGUUUAACGGUCGUUGGCACGAGCGGUACCGGUGGCAGCAUCGGUGGAUUAAAUGAAGCGUCCCAGCGCAAAACGGCUUCCCACUCGAAGAUAAACGAACCAAUAUUGGAAACACGAUGCUAA